AUGAGUUCGACAACCUCGACGAUCAUAAGUCGUGAUGUCAUCAAUUACGCUCUUGAACAGCAAUGCUUUUACGAUCAUCGAGCAUCACCGUACCGAUUUUGUGACCAACUUCGGCAACUUAAAGCAACUGCAGAGCCAACAGUGGCUGAUGGGUUAAUUCGUCAACCAGGCCUUAUAGCCAGACCUCUCCCUCGCCCAAAAGUUCCGACAGAGCCACUCGCCAAUUACGAGAAUUACGACAUCACUACUGACCUAGACGUCCAAUCUUAUUCCAUCUUCCCCUUUUUACAGCGAAGUAAACAACUACGGCUUCCUCUCGAAACGAUGGAUACAGGGUACGAUGUGAAGAAGGAAAUGAAACAAUAUCUGAAUGAUAUACAACUCGCCAACACCUGCAACAUCCUUACUCAAUGGCUUCCUCUGAGCCAUGUCAGUAACAGGAGCGAUGAAGGCCUCGAAUUCCCAUCCACUAUAUCACGAUGGCAAUCACUAGCCCUUCGAGAGCUCGAAGCCGUCGAGACUGCAGGUUUUGAACCGGGCAUAGCUAUGAUGCAGGAAGAUAACAUGCUUGAGAAGACUUGCAGACCUGAACAGGUUCGAGAGAUAUUCUUGCUGGGAAAUCAGCCUCGUGCACACUUCGAACCAAUGUCUUGUCCAUUGUCUCCAGCCUCUGAACCAGACGAAGCUUUUGUGCCAAGCCCCGAGGUCGUGAUCAUUGAUAUAACCUCAGACCCAAGUAGUCCUAUCAACACCACAGUCAGUGAAUUAGAAAGAAACAUUGAAAAUGGUUUCGUGGAGUCCGAGCCUGUCGCCCCUUCGACUAUGCCUAGCUCUCCUCCAACGGCCAAGGUUGUGUUUCUAGGCUCAGCAUCUACCAGACCCUCAGAUCUCAAGCUGGAUGUACCACUAUUGGCGUCCAGCCCUGGAUAUAAUAUGGUACCAAACUAUCUGACAGCAAAUUUGGCAUCUGAUUUCAUAAAUAGUGACCAAACAUGUGAAUCCCCAAUUCAGCAGGGAGAAUUUUUCGAAGAAGCAUUCCAGGCCGUUCUGGAGGACAAACUAUAUCAGACAAAUCGACAGCUAGAACAAGAGCGAUUGAACCCAUCAGAAGCUCUAUUACGGUUGCCAAUACCUGCCGCUGAUUUUCAUAUACCCGAUCCUGAAUGGUACGGUUUAACGGACCCCAAGAAGCAGUUCACAUGGCUGCAACAAGCAGACACCUCCAUCUUCCAUCUCCCAUGUUUUGAAGGAUUACAUCGUCUGGAGGCAUCACUGAAAUGGACACCAAUUCCACAUGGAAGUGGUAGAGUCUCGUUGACUGAGACGGUGAUUCAAAUGGGGCCGAUUAGUAGAGAAUUACUCAGCUUGCAGCUCCCUCAACUAUGCAGUCGAAACUAUGUAAACAUACGACGUGGGGUAUCAGUGCUACAGGUUUUGGUAGAUGAAGAAAUCGAACCUGAUAUUACCUCUAAUAAGAUGGCUGAAUUAGCAGCCCCGGAGAGAAACCUGGGUAUCAUCUCUUCAACAACAAACACUACUAACAAGUCUCUCGCUACACCGUUUCUGGAUGACUUAUUAGGCUCUCGACGCCAAAGCCUAAGACGCAAAGUCGACAAUGAAGCAGAAACUCUAUUGCUUGGGGCUGAUGAUCCGAGUGCUGCUGGCAGUUUAUUGACAAGUUUUAUACAGCUACGGCAUCCAAAAAAGUUGAAAACGACAAGCAGCUCUUUUCAAGCUCGAGCAACACCCACAAGAAUACCCCAGACGAACGAUGCACAUGCACCACCCAAUGCAGAGGAAGGUAUCUUGAAAAAGCUGCAGGAGGCUCCCGCGCCGAUGGUUGAUCUAACCGUGGAAGCCUGUCGUUACAUUGUCUCCAUGAGUUUGAGUCGUGAGAUUCUCUCUUGCAUAGAGAAAUCGUGGCAACAAGUCGAGCUCAUCGACCGAGACUUCUCUCAGUAUAACACAAUUGCUUGGUCUCCUGGCUCAGCGCAGAGAAAGGAAUUAAUUUCAUCACUAGCCUUUGAGGCUGACAUAUCGCUAUGCCCUGCAGCCGGCCUGAUCGUGACUACAAUACUGAAAGUGAAACAGAAACCUCUUCCUGGGUCAACUACUUUGACUCCGUUCCGUGAGCGAGUCAAAACUGUUAGUGGGAAAUACGAAGUUCUUUUCAUACUUGUGUCUGAAACAAAUCCACUAGGGGAAUAUGUUGGAUCACCAACUGCUUCAGAUAUAGCUGGCUACGCCGAUUUCGUACGUUUUACGACGAGCCUCCAGGCAGGCAUCUCCACCUUCUUGAUAUCUGGUUCAGAGAUGACUGCUUCAAAAUGGGCCUUAUCUAUCCUGUCUCGUUAUUCUUCGCAGGCAAGACAGUUUGGGCAGUUUCUUGACUUUCGUGAUGGGGCAUGGGAAUUGUUCCUCCGCCGAGCUGGUCUUAAUAUCAGCGCGGCACAAGUUAUAGCAGGUUUACUUGUAUCAGAAUACAGGGAACUCGGACUGGCAAAGUUCAUGGGUAUGAAUGCAGAACAAAGGGUUUCCAAGUACGGCCAAAUCAUGGGCGGAGGGAGGGUGCUCAACAAUGUGUCGAGGGUCUUGGACCAAGAAUGGGUGUGA